AUGAAGAACGCCAUCUUACCAUCGGUUUCAUCACAGCUUUACAGUUAUGGAAACAAUGCGAUCAUCACUGAAAUCCCAGUGCAAAUGGAUGGCAAAGUAAAUGUCUAUGCUAGCUUCUGUAUGGAUUCAAGAUUGUACAGUGGUCAAAACCAGCUCAGUGAAGGCUUUGCUACUCAGUCUCAAUUCUCCCUCAACUGCCAACCAGGGCCGUCCUCGCUGAUGACAAUGGAAGGACUAGAUUACCCUUGGUUAGGAGAUGGUUAUCUAAGUACCUAUGAUUAUGAUAUUCCUCAAAAGCCAUUGUCCCAUAACAAGAAGCUUCCAGUUCCUCAAUGUCAAGCUGACUUUCAGGGCAUACAAAAUUCAAGAAAACGUCCAAUUGACAUAACUAAGCUCGUAUCUAAAAGGAACUCUAGUAAACUGGUGGGCAACAAAUCUGCGCUGAAUGAAGGUACAAGAAAUAAGAAGAUGGAACUUUGCUUUCAAGAGCAGGGGCACACCACAAUCCAGGAAGAGAGAAUGGAAACCCAAAGAGCGCCCGCACGGAGAAGCCAAAAGCUAAGUGACAGAAUUACAGCUCUGCAGAAACUGGUUUCUCCUUAUGGCAAGGCUGACACAGCUUCAGUUCUUCAAGAGGCUUCCAUAUCUAUCAAGGUUCUUCAAGAUCAAAUUCAGAAUUUGUUGGAGACGCUGAGUACCUCAUAUGUCAGCAUCAGACCUCUUCACUCACAGUUACAGGAAACUGGAGGGAAACAAUUCAAUUUGCGCAACAGAGAGCUUUGCUUGGUUCCAGUAUCUUUCACUCACAGAUUGGCAAAGGAAGGUCAUGCUAAUCCACACGCUGCCUAA